AUGCGUUCAGUAAAGCUGCCACUCGACGGUGUCGUGCAAGUGCCAGUCAUACCACCUGAGCUUGAAGACCAAGUACUGAAAGCAUCUCACAAGACCUCUGGCCAUGCCACCUGGACGACAAUGCAUGACUCACUGCGCAAGCGCUGCUAUAUGCCGCUGAUGGCCGAGAAAUGCCAGAGUGUUGUCCAAGCGUGUGUGCCUUGCUCUGCAGCUAACCCGGCACGGGGACCGACUGUUGAGCCAACGCGUCCAGACGUACCAGGACGACCUUGGGAGGUCAUACAGAUCGACACGUUGGAGCUUGGCCAGAGUGGAGCGCACCACUGCUGCCUGGUAUGCGUCGACAUGUUCACCAAGUGGGCGGAGGUACAGCCACUACGUCGACACGAUGCAGCGAGCGUAGCAGCCGCACUGACCAAGAUCUGCUGCCGGUGGGGCCCGCCGUCUGUCAUACGCAUGGACAACGGCACUGAGUUCCGGAACGCGGUCGUAGCAGCCCUCCUGGAACAGUUUGGUGUGGUGGUGAAAACGGGUGCAGUUCGACAUCCUCAAUCACAAGGAGGGGUUGAACGGCUCAACCGUACGAUCAUCGGUCUCCUGCGUAAGGCGCUCGAGGAAACCAGUGACUGGACGUCUGAGCUUGAGUUGGUUCUGUUCUACUACAAUAGACGUCGCCAUGCUACAACCGGAAUAUCGCCAAGGCUGGCCAUCACGGGCUGGGAAGGGCGCGAUCUAGUAAUUGAUCACGACCCGACAGCAUACAGCGCCAGUGAAUGGGUAGACCGACUCGCCGGGCGCGCUGCUCGAACUCGAGACCUUGUUGAGUCGCUACUGUCCUCGAAUGACUCUGUGUCAGGCGGUCCAACAGAGUCACCAUACCGUGUCGAUGAUCCGGUGAUGCUACGUCGCCCAGAGCGGAGUCAGAAGCUCAUGACGCCAUAUGAGAGUGGCUGGACGGUGCUGAAGAUAGUCUCGCCAUCGACCCUGGUGAUCCAGCAUGCUGACGGCAGAGAGAAGGUCGUGAACGUUGAUAUCGUGAAGCCUGGACACGCCCAGCAGGUAGAUGGAACACUAGAUGAUAGUAACCAUGAUGCUGCCGAAGAUCGCCCAGAGCCAGCUGCCUGUGAUAAUGUGGUGAGCAUCGAGUUUGCGGCUGACAUGCCGACUCAGCGCUACGAUCUCCGAGGCCCUGGUAAUCGACGACAGCCAGCUAGAUACAGUGGAUGA